AAAAUGAUUAUAAACGAAUUAGUUAUAACAAAUGGUUCGCUUAUAUGCAUUAUUUAAAAAUGCAUGCGGACUAAAAAUUGGUUUUGAAAAGAGACCAAAAUUUCACUUAUGUCAAUGCGACAUUAAAUUCUACAAGAUGAGAGCGGAUGUGCGAUCUACAAGCAUUUCUCGUCUGUGACAUACGGUCGUAUAGGUUAAGGUAAAAAGACUCUAGCCUUAAUAUGGAAUUCAACCUGUUAGUCAAUUUUAUGCCAAUAUUUUCUAUUAUUUUGUUUAUAAUUGUUACUAUCAUAACGAUCUUCCAAAAGUUAAAACUGAGAUGGCCUGUAAAAUUAAACUGCUGGUUUUGUAAUAAUAAUAGUAAAGUUUGGCGGCAACAGGCUAACUGGUGGUUGUGCCCACGUUGUGAACAGUAUAAUGGUUUUUCAAAGAAUGGUGAUUAUGCAUAUAGUAUACCAGAACAAUAUAAAAUUUCUUCACACAAUAAUAGAAGAUAUUGCUCAGUUGCCCAGGAUACAAAAGUCAAUAAAAUUUCGACAAGUAGACUCUGUAAUCAAUGUACAAAGACUGAAACUUUGAAACUGUCAAAGUUAUCUAACUAUGUACCUAUGAAUGAAAAAAAUUAUGAGCAAGAGGUAAAGAAAUUUAAAAAAAGUUUGGAGCAGGAAUAUCCAUUGUGCACACAGUGUAAAAGCACAGUACAUAAUGUAUUAUAUAAACAAGCAUUAUGGCUUGCAGAAUAUAAAAUGUUGUUAUUUAAACAAAAGCCCUUUCAAGUGAUUGCUAAUAACAAAAAAUAUUCUGAACCAAUAUUCAGAAUAUUUUCAACAAUUUUUGACUCUAUGGUAGUAUACAACAUGGAUCUCUUAUUCUUGCCAAUUGGAGGAUUACUUUUUCAAUUCUGUGCUUGCUGUGUAGCGUCAACCAGAAGGAAAAGUUCAGAUGUAUUGCUCAUGUUUUUGUGGAUAUGCAUUAUUAUUCUUUUACCUUUUAAAGACUCAAAGAUAAUGAAAAUAGAUUUUCAUAACAAAUGGGUUUCUCUUGAGUAUAUAACUCAGUAUCAUAUGAUAAUGUUCUUUACUUCAAUUAUAGCCUUUAUUAAUGUUAAGCCUAAAUCAUACAAGAGUACAAUGAGUAAAAAUUUAUCAUUCAAAAAGAUAGGAUUCUCCUCAAAAAAUACAUCACUGCCCGACUUGUGUACAUCAACUUUAAGUGACAAGUAUAGUUUUGAUACUAAAAUCAUAAGUGAUGUAGGUGAAACAAUUAGUAAUGAAUUUUCACCAAGUUUAACAAAUGAGUCUAUACCAUUCAGUAUAGGUCAAUCAGUCAAUAAACGUACAUUAUUAAAAAGUCCAUUCAUAAAUCAAGAAUCACAAUUAUUAUCAACACCUAUCAAUGACAAUUGUCUGUUAUUUAAUUCUUCAUCUCUGUUGACACAAAAAGCUAAUAUGAAUGAAAACUAUGCAUUGAACGAUAGUUUGAGUACAUUAAGUACAUUAUCUUUGAGUGAAGAUAAACCAAAGUAUAUAAUCAAAAAUAAAGCGCCGAAGAUUUUUGAAAGAAAAGUGUACAAUCCAGGAAGUUCCAAGCUUUUUAAAAGAUUAAAUGGCACAUUUAGUAAAAAAAAUAGUAUAUCACCACCCAAAUUAAAAUCUGUUACGCAACUACCCUGGGUAGCUGAUGGAUAUUGGCAAAAUAAUAUGGAUCUACCAUCAUUAUCCAGAUCGUCCAGUCCAAGUUCUGGGUUUGGUUCAGUUGGAUCCAACUUUGCUCCAUCUAGGGAGCCAUCCAUACAUGAAUUUGAUCAAUGUUCUACAGUGUCUGAUUUUACUCAAUCCUGCUAUACUUCAAGGCAAACUAACAUCAGUCCUAGGAAUUUCUAUCAUCCAAGUUUACAGUUCCCACUUUCAGACUUAAAAGGUUCAUUUAAUAAUCAAACAACGAAGUUCACAUCGUUUAAUACUUACACUCAGCCAAAAUUGUUACUACCUCAUUCUGAUCAAAAGAAUGGAUCCGUUUUUAUGGAUCAGUGUUCACAAGCACAGAAUAUAAAUGAAAGUAAUAUUAAGAGUCCUUUUGAAAAGCACACAUUUCCAAGUCACACAACUAUUGUAUCAGUUCCAGUUUGGCUAUCAGCUCUUCUAUGUGGUUCACUCGUUUUGAAUAUAAUAGUUCUAAGUACUACAUUGGUACGUUAAAUAGAACAUAACGUUACAAUUUUUUACGUCAUUCUUACUUAGUUAGCAUUUUACAUCGUCGUUUAUAUGCAGGGUAAACCGCACUGUAUAGUCCAUUAAAUAAUGUGUGAUCUAUCAUGAAACACUGGAUCGAAAAUGAGAGAUAAAAUAGUUUUUAACUAUGGCUCCGAUCAACGGAAUUGAUUGCAUUAAUAAGUAUUUUGUAAAACGCUAAUGAACUAAUAGUGAAGAAAUUCAUUAAGCUGAUAUUAAUCAGUUGUUAACACUGCCAAUAUAAAACUUGGUAUUAUUAUAAUAGCUCCCUGUUAAUGUCACAAGAUAAGAUAGGUAAUUAAUAGAUUGUUUUUUACAUUUGCCUAUUCCCAUAAAUUGUGUUUAUACAAUAAUUUGAAUACUGAUUUCAAUUGGAAUACUGGUAUCAUAUUCUAAAAGCGUCAAAGUUAAGAUAAAGAAGAGGUUCUUAAUGUGUUCAUUAGUAAGAUACGUACCUAAGCCAACAAAUUAAAAUAAUUAAGAAUUAAAACAGCGUAAAGUAAUAUUAAUUUUAUAAUGAUAAUCUUUAUUUUUACGACUUAACUUAAUUAUGAUAUACUAACAUACCGAUUAUGAUCUUUGUUAAAAUAAUAUUGUUAUUAUAAUAAGUGUUACUUUUUUUUGGGUUUUUUUGCAACUUUCGGUCUUAGAAAGAAGAUUUACAUAUUAUAAUAUACACAAUAUAUUCAAUAGUUUGUUUAUAUUAAUUUUAUAAGUGUCUUUUAAUAAAACAACAAUAAGACUGUAAUAAUAAUUUAAAUGCGAUUUUUAUAUUGAAGAUAGUCGAAGAAAUUAGUUUUUAAGAAUUUAUAUUGUAUUUAACAUUUUAGUGCAUGUACAAAUCAUGAAUCUAAGGUGUUCUGCACAUUUGUAAAAAUAUAUAACAUGUUUAUUAUACCACAACACAGCGUAAACAUUAUGUAAUACAUAUACAUCAUAAUAUAUUUCUGUGUAA